AAGCGGAGAAGCAAGCCCUCAUGGCAACCGAGAAGCAAAAUGCAAACCCGACAGUGUAUGCCGUCGACUCGAGCGGAACUGAGCGCAAGAAGGAGAGUGACAACGCUGUAGACGAAGACAAUGAUGAUGUCGACCCGUUUGAUGCCCUGGAAGUGUUUGAAAUGCUGAGGCAUUUGAACGACCCCGAACAUCCGUUGACGCUGGAGCAGCUGAAGGUGAUGACGCUUGACAACAUUGUUGUCAACGAUGUGGACAGCCACGUGAAGGUGCAGUUCACGCCCACGAUCCCGCAUUGCAGCAUGGCGACAUUGAUUGGACUGUGUAUCCGUGUCAAGCUGCUGAGGUCGUUGCCAAAGCGCUUCAAGGUGGAUAUUCGCAUCACUCCUGGAGCCCACAUCACGGAAGAUGCUAUCAACAAACAACUUAAUGACAAGGAACGCGUGGCCGCAGCACUCGAGAAUGCGCAUCUUUUGAACGUCGUGGACAAAUGCAUUGCCAACACCGAUGGAUAGGCGGCUGCAUGUACGCGCAAGAAGAGCAUCCGUUGAUUCUUAACUAGAGUGCGCUUGAAAGUAUACUGUGUCCAUGUACAGUACAGUACACACCUACAGUACAAAUAGUACUAUGCCACUACUAGUAUAAUACUAUUAUAG